UUGUUGCAGAAAGAAAGAAUGUCGGUGAAUUAUGAUGAUCCGAUGGACAUAGAUACCACCACCGUUUUGAACGGAGUCACACUGCCGAAUUCCGAACCGCAACGGAAAUCGAUACCGAAAUAUGAUCGGUCGAAUCCUCCGAAACCGAAAUCGUUCCCGCUGAAAGCGAAUUUCGAUCCGAUGUUGGUAAGAUCGUCGAUAACAUUAUCGAAACCCCCACCACAUUACUUACUUAGCCUUAGCCCUGCUGAAACCGACUUUCGAUACCACGAAACUCCCAAGUUCGUAAGUCCUUACGAUGCUAUCCUCCCUCCACGACCAUUAUUUGGCGGUUCCGCUCCUGUCCUUCCCCUUCUCAUAACCGAUGAAAAUCGCCCUUUUCUCAAAAAUCUCUCCCAGAUUGCAUUGGAUUAUUACAAUGAUAUUAUAAAUCAGAAGGGGCGUUGGGGUCCAAGUUUUGAGUUUCAUGACCUUGUCAAGUGUACCCGUGGUUGGAAUUAUGGUCUUAAUACUUCGACGUAUUACAUUACCUUUCAAGCAAACGCAAAAGGAGAUACUUCUCGUUACAUUACCUUUCAAGCAUAUGCAAAAGGAGAUACUUCUAGCAGCAGCAGCAGCCCUGCUAUUAAAACUUUCCAGGCUCAAGUAUCCGUAUAUAAAAAAGAUAAAGAUAAACCACCUGUUGUCAACGAGUGUCGCAUUAAAUUCUAAUACACUACUCUACCAUGGUAGGUAGUGAAUCAUGUCCAUUACAGGUUUUGGCUGUGUUAGAAAGAAAAAUGGGGGCGAAAGCAAGGCUGAAGAGACUUUUGGUCGUAGUAUAUUGUGUUUAUGUAGAUGGUAUAUAUCUGCUUGAAUGUUAUGAGAUUUUAAUCUAGUAUGUUUCUUGUGUUAUUUUUCACACCAACAACGACGUUUAGCAUUUGUAUAUACACUUGAAUGAUAUACAUCUAUGUAGUCUUGAA